UUCUUAUUGAAUGCGAGCCCAAACCGGUUGUCUUGUGUUGAGCACACCAUCACACAUAUCAUCAUGCCUCGUGCCAAACGCUCCAUCGAGGAGAUGGCGAACAAAUCGGAUUCGGAUGAUGACGAUUACAGUGAUCACCCUGUGCGAUCGGCCCGACGCUCCGUGUCUCGGUCCAAGUCGAAGAAGAAAGCGAAGCCCGCAAAGAAGCGAGUCCGUCGUGGUUCGGCCGACGACAUCAUCUCGGAUGACGACGACAUCUUCAGCGAAGACGAGCUGUCCUUUCAAGAAUCGGAGGAGGACGAGGAUGACGAAAACGCCCAACGAAAUGCCAGAGGCCUAGUCGCUCGACGCGCUGCCACGAACCGACCGGUUUACAAUGAAGGCGAUACCAGCAGUCUUGAGGAUGAUACCGGAGACGACGACGAAAAAGCCAGGGCUCAGUCUUCCCCCAAGAAGCGCAAAAGUACUGUCCUGAAAUUGAAGGUCCCCAGCAACGCGUUCAAACGACAAGCGCAGGCGCCACCGGAUAACUUUCAGGGGACCCGACGGACGACAAGACGCACGCGAGACCCGUCGGAGGAUAUAUAUGCUUUAACAAACUCGGGUCGUCACAUGGAAACCGUCGAGCGAGGAACACAGAGCCCGGAAAUGGAAAGUCGGCUUCGACGAGGAUCUCGAGCAUCAAAACACGUCCCCGUGCUGCUGGAGGAGGAGGAGGAGGAAGAAGGAGAAGAAGAGGAGGAGGGAGGAGAAGAGAUCGGGUUUCAACCGAAGCAGGAGGACGAGGAAAUAAUCGAGGAGACGACUACCGAGAUAAAAGGCUCGCAGAUUGAGAUUAUGGAGAGCGAUGUUCAGGUCAGCUUUGAGGGGGCCAUACCCAACCCCACACAAGGUGACGAUGACGCCGAAGUUGAGGAUGAAGGGUUCGUUCCUGAAUCGGAGAAUGGCGAUCCGAAGGCGGGGGCCGACGAUGAUGGAGAAGACGAUGACGACGAGGGCCCAAUCACCAGAAGGAGACUGAGACCACAUAGAGGUCAGUUGGCGGAAGACGAAGCCAAACAGCCCCAGGAUGACCAAGAGGAGGAGCCACGGCGAUCUAGUCGCAAAAAGCCGAAUAACUUCCAACGCAAGCGUCGAGAAGAGGAGAGUGACUUCGAGCCUGAAGAAGACUCAAAUGACGACGAUGAAAUCUCGCAGUCCGGCAAGUCGAACGCUUCCCCGCGCAAAGCCAGUCAAGCCCGCGAUGAAGACGAUGACUACAGCACCACUGGGCGUCGUCCUGGCUUGCGCAAGAGGGCGUCUCGAUCACGGGGUCAGUCCGAGGUAGGAGCUGACAUUGCCGAGGAGCUAGCCGAAGAAUUGGAAGAUCUACGAGGCAGUCGUUCUCGCCGCCGAGCACAACCUGAGAUCGUUUACGAGAAACCCCGACGCAGUCGGAAAGAUGUUGACUAUCGUAUUAUUCGCCCGGACCUUAUCCUGCCCAUCGAGGAGGCCGAGAACGAGAUCCACGAAUCGCCUUCGCGUCGUGGUCGAGGAGGAGGUGGCAGCAGCUGGCAGCGUACCUUAUUUCCUACUUACGGGCCUUUCGGAGGUGGCGGGCCAUCUGCGAUUCUGGGACCUCCAGGUGCACCUGCUGCGACAGGGGGCGUCGACAGCGAUAGCAGUGACGAUGAAGUUAUGCAGCAUCCUAAGGCUGGGAUCACUGGCUCGAUUUCAGCACCCGGACUCCCCGGAGCUACUCUUGUUGGUCAAACCCAUGGCAACGACGCUGCGCAGGGUUUGUCGGGCACCCCUGCAAACCUCGGAAAGGUCAAAGAUAAACAGACCUUAGCCGAUGCAGAUCCAUUGGGGGUGGAUAUGAACGUUAACUUCGAUAGCGUGGGUGGUUUACAAGGACACAUUGAUCAACUGAAGGAGAUGGUCUCUCUGCCUCUCUUAUACCCGGAGAUCUUUCAGCGGUUCCACAUUGUGCCUCCUCGUGGUGUCCUUUUCCAUGGCCCACCUGGCACAGGUAAAACCUUGCUGGCGAGAGCCCUUGCGAAUAGUGUCAGCUCAAAUGGUCGCAAGGUCACCUUUUACAUGAGGAAGGGAGCCGAUGCGUUGAGUAAAUGGGUGGGUGAGGCAGAGCGCCAGCUUCGGCUUCUCUUCGAGGAGGCUCGCAAGACACAGCCUAGUAUUAUUUUCUUCGAUGAAAUUGAUGGCCUGGCACCUGUUAGAUCAAGCAAACAGGAACAAAUCCAUGCUUCCAUCGUUUCCACUUUGUUGGCGUUAAUGGAUGGAAUGGACGGUCGUGGUCAAGUGAUUGUUAUUGGAGCCACGAAUCGUCCAGACUCUAUAGACCCUGCGCUUCGCCGCCCCGGUCGAUUUGAUCGCGAAUUCUACUUCCCUCUACCCAACAAAGAUGGGCGACGCUCCAUUCUGGAUAUUCACACAAAAGGCUGGGAGCCACCGCUUCCAGCAAACAUCAAGGACGAGCUCGCAGAGAUUACCAAGGGCUAUGGAGGAGCUGACUUGCGGGCUCUUUGCACAGAAGCUGCCCUUAACGCAGUGCAGAGACGGUACCCUCAAAUUUACAAGUCAAAUGAGAAGCUUGUCAUUGACCCGAAAACGAUCGAUGUCACACCGAAAGACUUCAUGUUGGCCAUCAAGAAAAUGGUUCCCUCAUCGGAGCGUUCAACCUCCUCGGGCGCAUCGCCAUUGCCCAAAUUGAUCGAACCUUUACUGCGUGCGCCGCUGUCUGAGAUCGAGAGCCUGGUUUCCGAAAUACUGCCGCAGCGAAAGCGGCUCACUGCGUUGGAGGAGGCCCAGUUUGAGGAGCCCGAGGGAGGUGGCUUCCAGCGUGAACAGAUGCAGCAGGAAUUCGACCGGUCGCGAGUCUUCAGGCCCAGAAUCCUGCUUCGUGGUCCGCUGGGCAUGGGCCAGCAGUAUCUGGCGGGCGCCCUUCUGCAUCACUUUGAAGGUCUUCACGUCCAAGCCUUUGACCUUCCAACCCUUUUAAGCGAUUCUACCCGAUCUCCCGAAGCAGCCAUCAUACAACUAUUUGCCGAAGUCAAGAGACACAAGCCGAGUGUGAUUUACAUUCCAAACAUCCAGACCUGGUGUGAUACUGUUGGGCAAAGUGUGAUUGCUGUUUUCUUGGGACUACUACGGUCGGUCCCUUCUACGGAUCCGGUGUUGCUAUUGGGUUUCCAAGAGUCGACUAGCGAGGAACUGGAGAAUGGAGUCAUAAGAAACCUGUUCGGGAUAUCCAGAAAGAAUACCUUUGACCUCAAGGCACCGGGCAACGAAGCACGCCAUGAGUAUUUCACCAAGGUAAUCGAAUAUAUUAAGACGUCUCCCGCGCAUUUUCCUGACCCCGAGACCCGCAAGCGCCGCGAGCUUGAGACGCUGGAGAUCGCGCCACCACCGCCGCCGAAGGCUGCCACUCCGCCGAGCAAAGAGCAGCUCAAGGCCCAGAAGAAGAAAGACUACCAGACCCUUAACCUUUUGAAGAUUCGGAUUCAGCCCAUCAUGGAUCAGAUAAAGAAAUACAAAAGGUUUAGGACGGGCGUGAUUGACGAAUCUCAGAUCCGGUACCUCUGGGAGGAGGAAAAUCCGAGCAUCGUCACCAGUGAUCUACCGAUCGAACAACGGACUACCUUCAGGCCCUUCGAGAAAGCCUUUGAUAAGCAUGGCGUUCCUGGACUACGCGAAACGGUAUCGGGUAAAUUUUUCUACAACCUUGAGAUCGUCACCAUCGAGAAGCGACUCUCCAAUGGGUACUACAAGCGGCCGAAAGAUUUCUUGGCGGACAUCAAACGAUUGGCGAAGGACGCGCGGCAAUUAGGCGAACAGGAGAGGCUGCUGAGAGCCAAUGAGCUGUUAUCCAAUGUCGAAGUUGACAUUGCUACUAUCGAGCAGGCCGAACCUGCCCUUGUUGCUGAAUGCGAGGGCGUCUAUAUCCGGGAACUGGAGAGAGAAAAGAUUGCGCUGGAAAAGUCUCGUAAAGCGGCAGAGGAAGAGGAAGGAGGCUUUAUCGGGCGGCUCGCGGCUCCCUUAGUUCCACACGGAAACACGGAGUCCGGCCCAUCAAGUGGUCCCGUUGUUCUUGGUGAAUCAUUCCCUGAUCUUGGCCCCAAAGCGGUGGAUAGACCUGUAACGCCUACGCGACCAUCGACAGCGAGCUUCACCAACGGCUUCCAUCACGGUGGUGGCUCGGACUUAAAUGACCUCAGCACCCAGGCAGUCACAAGCAAUGGCUCUCACGACUACCAGGCAGAUGGAGAUGGGGAUACCUACAUGACAACCUCUGAUCAAUCGACUGGGCGCGAGACCCAGACCAGCUCAUUUGGACCUUCUGCACAGCCCAAGCCACCGUAUUCCCAUACGGCGCCUUCACAACAGGUCCGACGUGAAUCUGGUAUUUCCAGCUUCUCUCAAAAGGGGCCCGUUACCCCCCUAGCGCCUGGAUCUCAGCCCAAUGACUACACCAAUGAGGCGUCUACCACACAAACGACGUCUGACAAGAAGUCGUCCGAGCAAUCGUCUGUUCCGCAAAAUCACCUACGGAGCCCUGUGGCUGUUCAUGGGAUCCGACAUGAAUUCCCGGACCUGACACAGUACCCGGACCGUGUAUCCCAGGAAGAGCACCUGCCGGACACGCAGCAAGGAGACAGUAGCCAGCCUUCACCACGUCUCCAGGCUGGAUAUACUGAUCUUGUGCAUAUUGAAAACGGAGGGCCAUUCCAGUCACGGGCUCAGCCUCCGGUCCCUCUGUUUGAGAAUGCUGGCAAGCACCCCGCUCACGUACCGGCAAACUUACAAUCCUUGCUGAACAACGAAGACCUGUCACCAAAAUUGAUCCUGGAUCAUGAUUACGUUCAGAAUCUGCAUGAUCAACUCACUCAACGGACAAGCGGCUGCAGCGUAGAGCAGCUGGAACAGAUCAAUACGAGUCUGAUGGACUAUCUAUGGCAAACGCGGGGAGAAUGGAAUCGCAGCAAAGUAGCUGCCGGCAUUGGCAACACAUUCAACGAAGUCUUGGAAGAUAUGUUGGCCAUGCAAGAGAUUGGACCUAUCAGCCAAAAGACGAAAGAACUGUUGGGCGAGUCUGCGUAUCACCCCUAAGGCUUGCUUCUCUGGCUCGGCUACAUCAUGAAGUGGAUUGAUUUAUCAUUGUUUUUCUAAUUAUUUUCGUCUUGUGCGUGGUUUGGCCUUAAGGAUACCUCUUUGAAGUGACGAUGGAUUUGUGCAGCUGCUUACAAGCUUUUGUUUCUUUGCAUGGCUGAUUCAUGACUGGAUUGGUUAUGAUCUUCGCAUUGAAUGAUUUUUCUUAUCGCGGGCGGUUUUGUCUGCUUUUGGGCAGUGCAGCUU